AUUCAAUAUUAAAACCUUUGCACACUCUUUCUCCACAACUUGCAUCACGAAGUUGUACCUUCUCCACAAACAUUGGUACAUUUAAAGUGAAUGGAACUAAUUGGCUCCGAUGGGCGGCGGAAUUGAUUCCCGAGCACAGUGCCCUACACAGUCUGCAUAUAGUACGCUGCAUAUACUUGAGAGGAAGGGUAAGUCUCCUGAAAAAUAGCGAAAAUGGAGAGUGGAGAUACCCGAAAGGUAUCAGUGGAGGAUAUACAGGUGCUUUACAUGAGCCGGGAGGAGGUCGUGAGUACCUUGCUACACAAGGCGAAAAUCGAGCCUGGUUUUACCGAGCUCGUAUGGCAAAAGCUGGAAGCGGAAAAUGCGGAAUUUUUCAGGGCGUAUCAAUUGAGGCUCGUGGUGAAGGACCAGAUUAUACAGUUCAAUCAACUGCUCGAGAGACAGUUCAAGCUAAUGCAUCAGAUUUCCAUGCCUAAUGGAUCUCAUAUUCAUUCACAGUUGGCGCUUGAUACGGCUAGUCAUGCUGAUGUGGCGUUAAAAUCGGAGCCCGAUUAUGAUGAUGGCUCUGUGGUGAUAAAAUUGGAGCUCGGUUAUGAAGACGAUCCAGGCUCGGAUUUUGUGUUUGGUUCGGAUGAGAAUCUUCUAGAAAGCUGUGAUGCUAUUGGGGAAACACCGGUUUCUCCUUUCAAUGAGGAUCAUGAAUCGAGUCCACAGGUUUUGAGUGAGAGGAUGCUGGAGCAAGAGUCGAGCUCGUUUGGAUUCUUGAGGCAGAUACCUCGUAACUUCAGUUUGUCGGAUUUGACCGUCGAUUUUUCGAGUAGUAAUGAAAUACAAGAGAGAUUACUCGACCCUUGUGUGAAGGACGAACACGAAGGUGACUCUGCACUAUUUGGAACUUGGCCGGAGCAUGCAAACAGGGCCCAGUUGGGCCGCAGUUUCUCGGACAAGAAUGGGCUUUCUUGACAUGGGCCCAUUAGCUCAAUGUGAAUAGAACAGAACUAUCUCGUAAGAGCAUGGAUCCAGGCCGGUGAUUAAAGAAAUUUCACGAUAGAUGGGUUCGGCUCGGUUUUGCUCAUUUCGUGUUGUGGCCUAAUUGGCUCAGUUGCCAUAAAUCAUAAUCAAUUGACAGUCCUAGGCUCCCAGCAAAAACCCAUUUGUAUCAUUUUUUUUUUUCUUUUUCUUUUU